CGGCGCCAUGGGCACGGUGCUGUCGCUUUCGCCGAGCUACCGGAAGGCCCCGCUGUUCGAGGAGGGGGCGGCCACGGUGGGGCACUACACGGCGGUGCAGAACAGCAAGAACGCGAAGGAGAAGGGCCUGAAGCGGCACUCGCUCAUCUCCGUGCUGCCCUGGAAGCGCAUCGCUGCCGUCUCGGCCAAGAAGAAGAGCUCCAAGAAGGUGCAGCCCAACGGCGGCUACCAGAGCAACGUCACCCACCUGAACAACGAGAACCUGAAGAAGUCGCUCUCCUGCGCCAACCUCGCCACCUUCGCCCCGCCGCCCCCCCCCGCCGCCGCCGCCGCCGCCCUCGCCUCGGCGCAGAAAGCCCCCGCGGCCGCGCCCGCCGCCGCCGCCACCCCGCGCCGCGUCGUGGUGCAGGCGUCCACCAGCGAGCUGCUGCGCUGCCUGGGCGAGUUCCUGUGCCGCCGUUGCUACCGGCUGAAGCACCUCUCGCCCACCGACCCCGUGCUCUGGCUGCGCUCCGUGGACCGCUCGCUGCUGCUGCAGGGCUGGCAGGACCAGGGCUUCAUCACGCCGGCCAACGUGGUCUUCCUCUACAUGCUGUGCCGGGACGUCAUCUCGGCCGAGGUGGCCAGCGACCACGAACUGCAGGCAGUGCUGCUCACCUGCCUGUACCUCUCCUACUCCUACAUGGGCAACGAGAUCUCCUACCCGCUCAAGCCCUUCCUGGUGGAGAGCUGUAAGGAGGCCUUCUGGGACCGCUGCCUCUCCAUCAUCGACCUCAUGAGCCCCAAGAUGCUGCAGGUCAACGCCGACCCGCACUUCUUCACGCAGGUCUUCGCCGACCUCAAGAAGGAGAGCGGCGCCGAGGAGAAGGGCCGCCUGCUCAUCGGCCUCGACCGGUGAGCGCCGCCGCCGCCGCCGCCUCGCCCCCGGGGCUGUCCCCCCCGACCCCCCCCCCCGACCCGGGGCCCCCCACCCGACCCCCUCCCCAGCCCAGCAAAGCGGCGGCGGAGCGGAGACCUCGCCCCCCCCCCUCCCCUUCUCCAUCACCGCCCUCCCCACGAUUCCCGUCCUCCGGGGCUGGCUCAGCUCGGCUGCAGCGAAACCGGGCGGGGAAAAAAAAAAAAGCAAAAAGAAGGAAAAAAAAAAAAAAAAAAAAAAGCCCAGAGGCUUGCGGGGGGGGGGGGGGGGGGGGCCGGGGGGGGAGGGGGGCAGCCCCGGUCUGGCCCGGCCCCGGCGACAGCGCGGCCGAGACAAAGAGCAGGUAGUGGGGAAAAAUGGGAUUAAAAACAAAACAAAACAAAAAAAAAAAAACAAAACAAAAAAAAAAAGGAAAAAGGGCAAAAAAAGCGACCCCUGCGGGCCCUGCCGGCUGCGGGGGGACGGCCGCCAGCGGGAGCCCGGCUCCGGUGCGGGAGCUGCGGGCGCGGAUAGGAUCGGAACGGAUCGAAAUGGAUCGGAUCGGAACGGAUCGGAUCGGAUCCGAAAGGAACGGAUCGGAACGGAACGAAGCUGUGAAGGGCCGGGCCGGGCCGAGCUGCCCGGCCCCGGGCUGUCCCCCGCCCCUCCCGCCCCGUUAUUUAUUUUAUUUGAAAAGACUCGGAUUUCUGAGUGGGUCUGGGGUAGGGAAAUAACUGCUACUGUAUCAUUACAUCAAUGUGAAAUGUAUUGUUCCCAUCGUGCACUGAUCAUGAGUAUUGUGUAAGGAUCUACUUGAGUGUGCAAGCAAGGAAAGAAAUCUACAUGCUGCUAUAUGAAUACUUUUAGAACAAAAAUACUAACCUACGGGGGAAAAAAAAAGGAGAAACCCUUCUUUAUUCUUUCAUUGUUGCUUUUACAGUGGUAUUGCGCAUGCAAAGAGAAGCAUUUUGUGUCUUCAAAAAAAAAACAAAAGGGAAAAAAAAAACACAAAAAAAAUCAAAAGAAAACCUUACAAGAGAUGGCUGUAAAAAUUACACCCAUGCACAAAGACCCGACACCACCCCGAUACCGCAGUCUUGAGCCGAUAUUCCCUUAUCAGGCCUGGGGACUGAUAAGUUUUUUUUCUUUUUUUUUUUUCUUCGUGUGCACAGUUCUAGUUUAGUUCUGGUCCAUCGGUCGUUAAACAUGCAAGCGAGAGGGAGGAGUGAUGUGCCAUUUCUUUUUAUUUUUCACUUGAAACUUCAUUGCUGUACAUUGGAACCUGCUAAUUAUACAUGUGUACGUAUGUUUUUUUAGUGCAAUCUCUUCUGUAGAUCUUUGUUGACCAAAUUGGUGGGUAUUGUUACUUAUUAAUUUAUAUUUGUCUCAUUUUGUAUGUAUGUGUAUAGUGCGUUUGUAAGUAUGUGUGGUUUAUAACCUGACAGACUGUGUCAUGGGGCUCAGUGUGCCUGUAAUUUAAUCCCCUCCCCUUAUUUUUAUUUAUUUUUGUACUGUGCUGAUUAAAUAAAAUGCACUGACCAUCCAUUACACGGCA